AUGCAAGACAUCAAGGAAAAAGUCAUAUCCCGAAAAGACGAAUGGCACAGCACCGGCCUAUUCACACCAACGAAACUCCGCCUCGCCGUCGACGAACUUAUCGACUCAAGCACAGACCUCCAGCCAGAAUCUCACACCUGCCAAGGUGCAUCCGCAUCAUCCCACAUCCCAACAAUCAAAGCCCCGGACCGCCACCCAAACCCGUCAGUUGAUAGCAACCCCCGAAUAACGAACCAAAUCUACCAAACCGCCGAACAACUCAAAAUCUGCACAGAUGCAAAAUACUUCGGGGUAGUUGCCUGCGGUGCCAGCCUCUGCGAUGAAGGUCUCGCACGUGCAGUAGCAGAUUCUUGCAACGACGUCCUUAUCGGCGAUUACUGCGAAGCAGCCGGUGAAAAGGGUCUCAAGCUACUCCAGCAAGUCGGCGCGGCGGCAACGGCGUUUUUGAAAGUCUGCAGUUUGGCUGGUCGGGGUAUUACCGGGACCAUGGCAGGUCUCGACUUCGCGAUGGAGUUUACGGAAGUCGCAUGA